GCAGCAGAAUGCCGGGCGGGCGGGUGUGCGCGGCGUGCGGCAGCGCCGACAUUGAGGUGGACGCGGCGCGGGGCGACGCCGUGUGCACCGGCUGCGGCUCCGUGCUCGAGGACAACAUCAUCGUCUCCGAGGUCCAGUUCGUGGAGACCGGCGGUGGCGGCGCCUCGGCCGUGGGGCAGUUCGUGUCCCUCGACGGUCCGGGUAAAACACCGUUGAUAGGAGGAGGAUUUCAUGCCAAUUUGGGAAAGGAAUCGCGAGCACAAACUCUACAGAACGGGAAACGUCAGAUUCACCAUUUGGGAAACCAGCUGCAACUCAACCAGCACUGUCUUGAUACUGCCUUUAAUUUUUUCAAGAUGGCAGUGAGCAAGCACCUCACCCGUGGAAGAAAGAUGACUCACGUAAUUGCUGCAUGUCUCUACUUGGUGUGUAGAACAGAAGGAACUCCUCACAUGUUACUUGACCUCAGUGACCUCCUUCAGGUGAAUGUCUAUGUGCUGGGAAAAACUUUUCUUCUGUUGGCCAGAGAGCUCUGCAUAAAUGCUCCAGCUAUAGAUCCUUGUUUAUAUAUUCCUCGUUUUGCACACAUGCUAGAAUUUGGAGAUAAGAACCAUGAGGUAUCAAUGACGGCGCUGAGGUUAUUACAGAGGAUGAAGAGAGACUGGAUGCACACAGGACGUCGACCAUCAGGGUUGUGUGGAGCAGCUCUUCUGGUGGCAGCAAGAAUGCAUGAUUUCCGACGUACUGUUAAGGAGGUCAUCAGAGUGGUCAAGGUUUGUGAGUCUACGUUACGGAAAAGGCUUACGGAAUUUGAAGAUACCCCAACAAGUCAGCUCACGAUAGAUGAAUUUAUGAAGAUUGAUUUGGAAGGGGAAUGUGAUCCUCCUUCGUUUACAGCUGGUCAAAGAAAACUAAAGAUGCAGCAGCUCGAGAAGGAGCUGUCAAAAAAGCUUGAAGAUUAUGAAGGUGAAAUAUCAAUUUACCAAGACGAAAUAGAGAUUGAAUUGGAAAAUAGUAGGCCAAAGGCAAAAGGAGUAUUUGCAAAUUAUACUAAAGAUGAUUCUAUAGAAGAUAAUACUUCUAGCGUAUUUGGAGAGGAGGAGGUAGAAGAUGAAGAACUGGAAGCAGCUGCUAAUCAUUUAAACAAGGACUUUUGUAAUGAAAUUCUUGACAAAGACAGAUUAAAGACAAAGGAAGAUGGAGAAUGCAGAAAUGGGAACGCACCUCCUGUAAGACCACCUGCACUGGAAUCCUUGCUCGGCCCACUCCCUACUGCAGCUAGCCUUGGAAUAACAGAGUCCAUAAAAGACUGUAUAUCCACAAAGGAGCGAGAGCCCAAUGAAAAUACAGGAGAUGGUGAAUUAGAUUUGAGUGGAAUUGACGACAGUGAAAUAGACAGGUAUAUACUUAAUGAAACAGAAGCUCAGAUAAAAGCUGAACUGUGGAUGAAAGAAAACGCAGAUUAUUUGAAGGAACAAAAAGAAAAAGAAGCAAGGAUAGCAAAAGAGAAGGAGCUUGGGAUUUAUAAGGAACAAAAGCCAAAGAAAUCUGCAAAAAAACGGGAGCCAAUUCAAGCCAGCACAGCAGGAGAGGCAAUUGAAAAGAUGUUAGAACAGAAGAAAAUUUCAAGUAAAAUUAAUUAUAAUGUGCUAAGGGACCUGAACAGCAAAGGAAGUAGCACACCAAAGAAAGAGGAUGACAGCACUGAUGACAGCAGCAACACCAAGAAGCUGUCAAGAAGAAAAUCUAUUGCCAGUAGGAAUUUAGCCAACUCUGUAAACACUGUGGGAAAAAGAUUAAGACCCUUGAUUUCUUCACAGCUAGCUAAGAAGGCUGCAACUGAAGAGGUUACCUUUUCAGACUUACAACCAGAAGUGCAGGAGUUGGGAAAAACAGAGAGUGUGCUGGUAGAGAGUGGACCAGUGUCCUAUAACCAUGAGGAUGAUGCUGAAGAAGAAGAAGUAGAAGAGGAGGAUGAUCAUUGCAUGAGUGCCCUUCAGUUAAUGGGAGGAAAUGAUUAUGGCUGUGAUAUGGAUGAUGAUGAUGGCUACUAGUUCCGUUAGCUUCCAGAAGACAUGUAGCAAUGCCUGGUUUCCAACAACUCUUCUAACUUUAUGAAUGGUGAAAGAAGCGGUCUGUGAUCAGCAAAAAUAAUUUAACAAUCCUGACUUUUGUAAGGAGAAUUUUAGUUCAGCCAUUGAUUCUGGUCAGUCUAUACUGACCUAUAACCCAGCAAUAAGGUUUGGGUUUAUAGUACUUGAAUUUUUUUUUUGGAUCAUGUUUUGAGGACAGAAUUAAUACAAGUAAUGUUUCCAGAGAACAAAGGAAUAUAGAACAGUAGCCUGUAUAGAUUGUAUGUGUGGUGGGAAGCAAUACAUCUCAUCUCUGAGCCUGCUUUGGGCAUCCUGUUGAAAAGGAACAUAAGAAGGAGAUAAGCAGAAUAACAAAGCAAGUGAAAACCUCCACAUUAAUCUUUGGAAUAGACCAGGCUGAAUUCUCUUAUAUUGUCACAAUGAGAAAAAAGGUAUAUUUCUAAUCUUUAUUAAAAAUGUGACUCUGCCAUUGCGUACAAGCUUCUAUACCCAGUGCUGUCAAAUAAAUAAAUUAAGGACAAAUUGUAUAAUUUUAUGACAGUAUCUUUUUUCCUGAAGUUAAAUAGCACUUAUAUAGAGAGUCAUGUGUUCCUCAAGAUAUGUUGCCAGUAGAAGAGAAAGUUGUCACAAAAAAGUGUUCUUCUACUGCUAUGUAAAUGCUGAUGAAUUGUCAAAAGAGUAUGUAGACAACAUGAACACUUUUCAACAAAAGCAGGAGAUAUUGUUUUGGUUGUGUCCAUUUCCAGUGACUUGACUUCUUUGGUGUCAUAGGACUGAUGUGGAUGUGCUGUCUGAUAUUGGUGCAGAAUCUUUAUUGACAUGCUGCUUUCUAGCUGAUUAGGAGAAUAAGGCUGCUCUAGGACUCAGCUAAAUUGAGAGUAGCUUGUCUAGUGUAUUUUUUUUAAUAAGAAAAAGGAAUAGAAAGAAACCAUAGCUUUUUAAUAAAUAAACUAGUUGGUGCUUUGACUGAAUUUUAAUUUAAUUUAAUUUUAUUUAUUUAACUCUUUACUGAUAAAUGAAAGGUCACCAUAGAGCAAUCUGAUUGACUUGGUUCAAAUUCCAUUUUUCUACAACAAAUGAUAUGGCAGUACUGUUAAAAGUAUGUUCUUCUGAGAUCCUCUGUUUCAACCGACUAAUCUCUUUGAUCCCAAACCCAACAGACCAGCCCAUCUGAAUCCAAGGACUGUGGGUCAAAAUCAGACUUGGUAUUGACCAGUUCAGUUCUUUUCCCCUCUGUCCUCACUGUCCCCACCACCACUUGGGCCUGAUUCACUGAGGUCAACAGAAACUUAAAUGCUUUAAAUCACAGCUUUUAAUGUUGAGAGAGACAGGAGCAUUUUGGGGGUGAAGGACUCUGCACCACCUGUGAGAAUCAAACUAGACCAGGGAAAAUUGGACAGAUAUCUCUUAUUAAAACAGCCUUCUGUGAACUGCACUGCUACCAUCCCACGUGCCAUCAAGAAGCAGUCUGUUCAUCCGUUGGUGGAGUAGUUAUCACAGUAGCACCACUCUCCUCUUUCCUUCCCCAAUUCUGAGUAGAAAAUUAAAAGAAUGUGGUAUGCAAAAAAGGGAAGAUAGAUAUUGGUGCUCUUCCCUGGGGGAAGGAGAUCUGGGGUCUCCCUUGAUUACCACUGUUUGGGAUGAUGGAGAUGGAAAUUGACUCCCAGCAACCGUUAAAAAGGGCCAGAGACUUUUAACCUUCCUUUCCACCAGUAGAAGAUCAUGUAGUGAAAGAUGACAUAGGUGCAGCUUCACGUUCUUGAAUCUACAGUGGAUUUCUUCAGACAGUUUAUUAUUAGCUUAGCUGCUUGGUGUGAUCCUUUGGCUAGGAGGCAUCUAGUUGAUCUUGCUGAGAUUUGCAUAGCAAUAUUUCUGCAAUGGGUGUGUUGACUACAGAUGCCCAUGCAGAGAGUGAGGAGAUAACCAAAUUAAUGGCUAGUCCAGGUGGAACAAAUGCAUUUUCUUGAAACUAUCCUUAUGUUACUUGGUCUGUAGGGUUUGGGAUUUGAAAGGAUUUUUAUGGGCAGAAAAGAGAAAAUUCAGUAGAAGUCUUAUGGGAAUAGCUGGUACUCUGGCAGAAAAGUUACAGAUGUUCUCUGUCUGCUUUGGUAGCUGUACAAAUGCUCUACAGAGAAUUAAAUUAUGGAGUUAAACUUUUUGUCUCCCUUUCCUGUGCACCAAGAAUCAAAAUCACAGUAUAAUCAUAUUGUAAAAGGAAAAAAAAUUGACAAGUGACUUUGUUUUACCGCCCUACAUGUCUGAAAAUCUUACGUGCCCCUGACUAGUCCAGUUUAUUUUAAUAUAAACACUGUUCUAAUCUGUCCAAGACCAGCAUUGUAAUUACCCAUACUCUCAGUGUAUUCUUAAAGCCUGGCUUUUACUCCAAGGUACAGCCUGUUUUCUGUACAAGAAAUAAACCUGUGUAUUGACUCACGUAGGGCAGAAUGCUCCCCUCUCUCCGAUGCUUGAUGUCGGCUCUUAAAGAAACUGCUAAGGUGGGUUCUCAAUUGCGGAGAAUCUUCCUUUCAGUUUUCCGUGUACAUUUUCAUUGGUUAUUUUCCCUCACCAGAAUAUUUAAACCAGCUGCCAGUGCAGUGGCUCAUUACACUGGGGAACUGGGAUGCACAGUGGAGGCCACUUCUCUUGAAAGCCUAUUGCUAGGAAAUUAAAUUUUCAAGAAUAGAUUGGGUUUCUAGGAGGCAGGGGACACUUUUCUGUUGAAGAGGGGAAGCUUCUUGCAGGGGUUCUGAGUGCUCUCCUAAGAGUCAGUCAGACAUGGUAUUGCAUAGUCUACCAGAAAUGAGCUUGAAGAGCACAAAAGGACCCCAGUUCCGUUAAAAUGUCAGCCUUGUUAGUGAAUUGAACUGCACGUGCUUCUGUCUGGGAACCUCGAUGAAAGGCAGAGAGCCCUGGUAUCAGAUACGGCAACGCAGCUCUUUAAGCAUGAAAGGAAUUUCAGAGUAGCUGUGUAGGUUUUUAAUUUAUUGGUGACAAAGCAGGAUUUUUAUACCAUUCAUUCCUUCUCGAUUUAACUAAGCUCAGGAAAUGUAACCAGAUUAGAAGAUACUAGUUUCUGUUUUUACAACUACUCAUGAAAAUGUAAAAAGGUUAACACUACGUUGACUCUAUUUACUGUGUUUGCUGUAUUGCAGCCUGGAUUCCUUUAGAAUAAUUUGGCCCUGCUUUAUUCUGGGUCCUAAUUAUAUCAAAGAGAGAUUAUGAGGCUUUCAGCAUUUGUUGUCCUUAGAUCCCACAUGCAUUCUGUAUCUUAGCUUUUCCUGCAUAAAGCAUAAAUGUCUCACUGCAAGUCACUUUAUUUGACAGG